CACUUUUCGGAAAUUGUUAUCAACUAAUAGAAAAUAACAAGCCAAGUGAUAUAAACAGUAAACAAAAGAAUGCGUCACCCGCCUUUGACGUACUCUUGAAUUCGGGGCUGGGCCAUACUCUUCCUUUUGACGGGCGGCCUUGAGUGAGCCACACACAGCCCACAAAGGAAGGAAUCGUUUGCUGCAUCCGUUCAGUUUCGUGAAACAUUCGACCGUGAAUGGACCUUUUGGAUAUUCUCUCUUCGCCCGUUACAUGGGUAGUAACAAUCGUCUCUCUUCUGUACAUUCUUUACAGAAAUGCCACGUCAACAUUUAAUUACUUUUCCGACCAAGGAAUUCCUGGUCCCAAACCAAUCCCAUUUUUCGGUAAUAUGUGGGGCAUCUGGAAAGCGAACCUUCCUGCGCACGACUUGGCAUUGGUGAAAAAAUAUGGAAAGGUUUUCGGUUGUUUCGAUGGCCCGAUACCAAAUCUUUGGAUCACAGAUGCCGAUGUGAUAAAGGCCAUGUACGUCAAAGACUUCGACCAUUUUGUUGAUCGCAGAUCUUUCGAGAUAAAAACGAAAGUCAUGCGCAAAUGGUUGAGUCUAAUGAGAGGUCAAGAGUGGAAGGACAUUCGCUCGUCCGUUACACCUGCCUUUACCACCGGAAAAAUCAAGCGGAUGUCCGUUUUGAUCAAAGAUUGCGUUGCCAGUUUGUGUGACCGUGUCACGACUUUCACCGAAAAAGAUGGAAAAAUUGACGCCAAGAUGACAUUUAGUGCCUUCACCAUGGACGUAAUUGCAAGAUGUGCUUUCGGGUUAAAAAUAGACACUCUAGGGAACAAGGAUGACCCCUUUAUUACAAACGCUCAAUUCGUUUUAAAUCCACCAACUACUAAAACACCAUUUAUUGUCUUACCAUUUAUGUAUCCCGACUUUUUUUGUAAGUUUGCAUACUUGACCGAGCGUUUGCUUGUCACCAAAGAAAUGAAAUUCUUUUUCAAGUUGUUGGAAGAUGUAUUGAAUGAUCGCUUGCAGUCGAAUGAGAAAUUCAACGAUUUCAUUGAAGUGCUUGACGAAGCAAUUUCAGAAUUCACGAAAGAAGUCGAUGGAAAAACGGUGCCUAUGUGGACUCGCGAGGCUAUAGAUGAGAUCAUCAUGGGACAGUCGACAGUCUUUAUGCUUGCCGGAUUCGACACAACAGCCACAACUUUGACUAGUACCUGCUUCCAGCUAGCCAAAAAUCCGGAUGUUCAAGAGAAACUAUACGAAAGCAUCAUGACGGAAAUGCAAGACUAUGAUGAAGUUUCCCAUGAAAUGGUCCAAAACGUACCAUAUCUAGAAAUGGUUAUCCAGGAAGUGUUGCGCUGUUAUCCGCCCCUUAUACGUAUUGAACGACAAUGCACAAAGGAUUACUCCUAUGACAACGGCCGCAUAAAAAUUAAAAAGGGACAAAUUGUUACCGUCCCCACUUAUGCUCUGCAUCAUUCGGAAGAGUAUUAUCCAAGUCCAGAGAAAUUCGAUCCAGAAAGGUGGAGUCCGGAAAACAAAGCUACACGUAGUCCUUAUGCUUAUAUGGCGUUCGGCACAGGUCCACGCAACUGUGUUGGAAUGCGCUUCGCCAUGGAAGAGAUGAAAAUGGCUCUUUGUUCUUUGGUUCAGAAAUUCCGCUUUUUUCCAGUCGAAGAGACACCGGAGAAGCUUCAGUUUGACGACGGAUUUCUUACAAUUCUGCAGCCAAUUCAUGCAGUGGUGGGUCUGGAAUUCCGUCAAUCAAAUUCAAAUUAACUCAAUUUUUAGUAAUGAGUUACGUAUUGAAUUGUCAACACGCUUUUUCGCUUCCAAAUCUCGCUUUGAUUCAAAAUUGUCUUUCAAAAUGGUAAAAUCCUUCAUUUUUCAUUUGAAGAUGCGUAGGUGCCAUUUGUUGAUGAAACUUUCAGUUGACAUUUCAUCUCGCAAAGUUUAAAAUAUCUAUCGCAGUAUUACACAGCAAAAAGUCCGUUA